CCCACUUGUACGCAUCUCUUAGUAUGCCAUCUAUUUGUUGGUGCCCGGACAACCUUUGGCUUCUUGCCAUACCUCUGCUGAUCAAUGCUCAGCCUCUUGUCGAUUUGGCACGCAAUUUGGAAACCUCAUUGCUGAAUACGCGCCUGCCAGAUACGCAAGCAUUCGAAGAUGCCUAUGAUUUCAUAAUUAUCGGUGCCGGUUCAGGUGGUUGUGUUGUGGCGAAUCGGCUCAGUGAGAUUAGCAAUGCGACAGUGCUGCUCUUGGAAGCGGGCGAUCAAGAGACGUUCUUGAGUGACGUUCCCCUCACAGCUGCACUCACGCAGAUGACACGCUACAACUGGGGUUAUAAAUCCGAUCCGACACCCAAUGCCUGCCAGGGCCUUAAAGGCGGCGUUUGUAAUUGGCCUAAAGGCCGCGGCGUCGGUGGUACGAGUCUCAUUAAUUUCAUGCUGUACACGCGUGGACACCGCAAAGAUUACGAUCAUUGGGCGGCACUCGGCAAUAAGGGUUGGAGUUAUGACGAAGUUUUGCCGUAUUUUAAGAAAUCCGAAAACAUACAUAUCAAAGAAUUGCGCAAGUCACCCUACCACGGACGUGAUGGACCACUUGACGUCAGCUAUACAGACUUUAAGUCGAAAGUCUUACAAGCUUUUCUAAAAUCAAGCCACGAAAUGGGCUACGAAAUAACCGACACGAAUGGCGAGCAUUUAAUGGGUUUCGCGCGUGCGCAAGCAAAUCUACGCAACGGUCGACGUUGUAGUACGAGCAAGGCUUUCAUAAGACCAAUAGCGGGAAGACCAAAUUUACAAAUCUCAAUGAAAUCUUGGGUGACGCGUAUCUUGGUGGAUCCAGUGACUAGAGUGGCAAAUGGCGUUGAGUUUAUGAAGCACCAUCAACGGUAUGUGGUGAGAGCGAAGAGGGAAAUUAUACUCUCGGCGGGAGCGAUUGCAUCGCCGCAGUUGUUGAUGUUGUCAGGCAUAGGACCGCGAAAGCACUUGGCAGAGCUGGGUAUACCGGUGAUGCGUGAUCUGCAGGUGGGCUACAAUAUGCAAGAUCACGUGACGCUGAAUGGACUGGUAUUUUUAGUGAAUGAUACGAUGACUUUAAAUGAUCGACGCCUAAUAAAUCCAGCAGAUAUUCUGCAUUAUAUACUGCAAGGGAGAGGACCUUAUACGAUACCUGGUGGCGCUGAGGGAUUUGCUUUUGUGCGCACGCCAAAUGCGACAGUUGAUAAGGACUAUGCUGAUAUGGAGAUCGUGCUGGGCGCGGGUUCCUUAAGCGGCGAUCACAUGGGCUCUCUGCGUGAUCUGCUCGGCAUGCCAGAUGAUUUCUAUUACAAAGUCUACGAAGGUCUGCACGAAAAGGAAACUUUUGGACUGGUGCCAGUACUUUUGCGUCCUAAAAGUCGCGGCCGCAUCUCACUGCGUAGCACAAACCCUUUCCAUUGGCCACGUAUGGAGCCCAACUACAUGCAAGAUCCAGACGAUGUACGCGCCAUGUUGGAGGGUGUGCAGUUGAUCUUUCAAAUAACACAAACGAAGUCUAUGCGCCGCAUAGGCACCGAAUUCAAUGCGAAACCCUUCUUGGGUUGCGAACAUUUGACUUUUCACAGCAAAGCGUAUUGGCAGUGCUGCCUGCGUCGUUAUGGCUCCAGUUUGCAACAUCAAGUGGGCACUUGUAAGAUGGGCCCGGCCACGGACUCGGCGGCUGUGGUGGAUCCACAAUUACGUGUUCAUGGCAUUAAGCAUCUGCGUGUGGUGGAUGCUUCGAUUAUGCCAACUAUACCCUCUGGUCACACUAACGCCAUUGUAAUAAUGAUUGCCGAAAAGGCGGCCGAUCUGAUAAAGAAUUCGUGGCGUAUGAGAAGUUAGAGCAAGCGUGUACGCGUGCGCUGAAUAGCUUUAAGUUUUUAUUUAUUUUGUGAAAAUUUUGAGUAAUUAGAUUAUAAGUUAUGUACUUUGAGUACUUAAGUAAAUUCUCGCCAUGAUUGUGAUCAACGAAAGCACUAACCCUGCCAUUAGCCAAAUAUUUUAAUAAAUUUGUAAAUAAAUGUGGAAAUUUUCAUACAAUACAAGCAGAAUACCCGCAUGCUUUGAGGCGAUGCCUGAUAAGAACUUUUGGUUUGUCUUAUGCAAAAAUAGCACCGAAAAGCAAAAAUGGUUUGUAAGAUAAAAAUUCUUCGUUUAAGUUGAAACUACCGAAGAGCCUUCAGGAAUAGUAGCGCUGUAAUGCAAUAUGAAAUUCUCAUCACUUUCGAUGCUAUCAGCUUUGCCGAUGGUCUUAUUUAAAUGUGUGGAGCUCCGCAAGGAUUUCUUAAAUGAUUUUUCAAGCUUGAUCCGGAUUAAGUCCUAGAGUUAAUUCCCAAACUUAACUCGGAUCAAGGGAAUAUUCGCUGACAACACUGACUAAAACAUAGAGAUCGUAGAAUAGAGAGAAAGUGCAAAACUAGCGAUAGCCGAGUGGUGAGGGCUCCGUACUACAAGCCUGCAGGUCUCAGGUUCAAUCCUAAGUUGGAGCGACUAUAAAAUAACUAACUAAAACAACUUAAAAAAAUAUAGAAGUUAUAAUUGAAUAAAUAAAAGAAAUCUAAUGAAUAUUCUACUGGCCGUGGGAUUCGAACCUAAGAGCUCGUGGCUCGUAAAUCCGCAUUGCUGCCGUCUGUCUAGGCACAAUUUUGAUCAGAUCAAUUGUGACGUUAAUCCGGAUCAACGAUGCC